AUGAAAAUAGCUGCUAGAAAUUCGGAAAGAAGCCGGGCGGAUGAAAAACUUAUAAGCGGUCUGAAAACGAAAGCCCUCGAGUGUCAAGUGGACCUGGAAAAGUCUGAGGCCAGUCUAGAAAAAAUCCGGGCACAAUGGGCAAAGAAGGCAGAAGAGCGGGCACAGUUUGUGCAGCAAAUGAAAAGGAACUAUGGCGGGACAAUCACCAGCCUGAGGAGAAAAGUAACUACUCUUGAGAAUAAGGCAGCUAUGCAGGCUAAGGACUUCAAAGCUGAUAGGGAACACUGUUAUGAUUUGAUGGCUCAGAUGGAGGAAGAAAUACAACACUUGCAAAAUCAACACCUUCACGACUCUCAAGUGUUAGAAGCCCGGAAAACUGAGAAGCCACCUAAGAAUCCCGAGCAGGAGGAGAUGAUUAGGAAAGUCAAGAGCUUGGAACAAUCACUUAGGAAUAUGCAGGGGCUAGGCGGUCAAUUGGGUAUGCUGAAUCCGAUCGAGCCUAAGUUGCCAAAUCCCCCUCCGAGAAACCUUGACCACUCGGUGAGUUGUGAAUAUUGUUCAGGAGCUCCGGGGCAUGACACAGAGAAAUGCUGGAAGUUGAAAACAGCUAUUCAAGAGCUCAUCGAUACCAAUCGGAUCGAGGUCCAAGGCCCAGAGGCACCUAAAAUCAAUCAGAAUCCGUUGCCGGCCAAUCAUGAGACCAAUAUGAUCGAGGUGAUACACAAAGGGGGAGAGCCUAAGAAACCCUCACAGAUAGUAAUGAUGAUUCGUUCCAGUGAAGUCAAGCCAAGUGAAAAGUCAACCAGUGGAAAACCAGUGAUCCAGUUGAAAGGGACAGACAAUAAACCAUCUGUGGUAGUCGAGAAGGGGUCGUCGAGUAUUGUUGCAGUGAAACCAGAGAAAGUUAAAGUGGUGGUACCAGGGAUAACAAAUACGCCUGUUGUAGUCGUGGAGGGUGCUCGCAUAGAGCCUGUCAUUAUAAAAUCGGUAACUCAGCUGCCAAUAGUCAACAGCAAGGCUGUUCCUUGGAAUUAUAAACGAGUGGCAGUGACGUAUAAAGGGAAAGAAGUUAGAGAAGAAGUUUGUGAAGCCCAUGGUUUGACUCGUUCGAGGAGAUGCUUUGCCCCCGAAGAGUUAAGAAAAGCAAGGAUCCCCAAGGACAACCCGGUAUUGGUAAAGAAAGCUGUGAAUGAAGAGGAAGCGGAAGAGUUCUUGAGGAAAAUGAAAGUGCAGGACUAUUCUAUUGUAGAGCAGUUGAGGAAAAUGCCUGCUCAGAUCUCAUUGCUCUCAUUGCUAAUCCAUUCAGAUGAGCACCGUCGAGCGCUGAUGAAAAUCUUAAAUGAGGACCAUGUUCCCGACAAGAUGUCAGUAAACCACUUGGAAAAGAUAGCAAACAAGAUAUUUGAGGUAAACAAAGUUACUUUUUCCGAUGAUGAGUUGCCCGUGGAGGGUACUGAGCAUAAUAGGGCCCUUUAUCUUACGGUGAAGUACGAAGAUUCCGUGGUUACCCGGGUACUAAUUGAUAAUGGGUCCAGCGCAAAUAUUUGCCCUCUCUCCACCUUGGAAAAAUUGAAAGUGGACAAUGAAAGAAUUCACAAGAAUAGUAUUUGUGUUCGGGGGUCCUACGGCGGAGGGAAAGAUUCAGUCGGGGACAUAGUGCUGGAGCUGACAAUAGGGCCAGUUGAAUUUACUAUGGAAUUUCAGGUGCUGGAUGUGGCGGUUUCUUACAAUCUUCUGCUAGGACGACCCUGGAUUCAUGCCGCCAAAGAAGUGUCAUCUACCCUGCACCAGAUGGUUAAAUUUGAAUGGGACAAACAGGAAGUUGUGGUGCACGACGAGGAUAAUCUGUGUGCCCUGAGUGAUGCCAUUGUACUUUUCAUCAAAGUUGAAGACGAUAAGGGUCCGUGGGUCUAUCAGGUCUUUGACACAGUAUCAGUUGAGAAGAUCCCAGAGGGGAAAAGCAUUCCGGUUCCUAAAGUAACAGCCGCAUCAGUCAUGGUAGCCUCCAAAAUGUUAAAGAAUGGUUUUGUACCUGGAAAGGGUUUGGGUGCGUCUCUGCAAGCUGCAGACAUAAGGCGAGCCAGAAAGUUGAAACAGAGGGCAUGGGUUCUUCCAAAGCCUGUCCGACGUCUCUCGCGAUCCUUUGUCAGGCCUGGUACCAAGAAGCGCCUAGUAACAACAAUGCCCGGUUCUGUGGUUGGUCCUGAUAAGGAGUUGCUUGAAAAUUUGUUCGACGAUGUGAAUAUGGUAGAAGCCGGAGAGGGUUCGAGCAAGGCGGAUGUGCAAUUUGUGGGGCCCAGUGCAAAGAUCAACAAUUGGGAAGCUACUCCUCUUCCUACUCGGAGAGAGUUUUGGUAG